AUGAUUCAAGGUCGUGUGUGUACCUUUAUCAUCGAUUUGGGCUGUUGUCGCAACAUCAUCGCCGAGGCUGCGGUUGAUAAGCUAGGACUUGUGCAUGAACAACAUCCAGCUCCAUACAACCUUGGUUGGCUGAGGGAGGGAGUUGAGAUGCGCAUUUCUCAGCAUGCGCUUUUGCCGUUUUCUAUAGGCCAGUACCACUGUGACCGCACCUAUUGCGAUGUUGCAUCUAUCGACAUGAGUCACUUGUUGUUGGGAUGUCCUUGGGAGUUUGACUGCAAAAUCACUCAUGAUGAUGCCCAAAAUAUGUAUAGUUUUAUUUGGGAGACACACCAUGUUUUGCUCCUUCCUUCUCGUGACCAUUUUCUCACGCCACCACGAAUGCUAGUUCCUCCAACGACGCAUACACUACCAAAGUCCUCAUCAACAAUGUUAUGUUCUGAAGCUACAUUCUCAACGGAAUUCCGGCAGGAAGCACUUGCGUAUGCCAUGUUGGCCACGCAACCUAUGUCAGUCUUUAGUGCAACUCUCAGCCCAGAACUUUCUACAGUUCUCCAAAAAUUUGAUGACGUGUUCCCCACGGAAUUACCUGCUGCUCUUCCCUUGUUACGAGACAUUCUACACCACAUUGACUUUGUCCCUGGUGCUACACUGCCGAAUCGACCGCACUAUCAUAUGAGUCCACAUGAACAAGAGGAGUUAUGGCGCCAAGUGGAAGAUUUGUUACGCAAUGGUUAG